UGUACAUCAUAAAAUUGUCAGCCAUUUUAAAAAUAUUAACAGUGUGUAUUGUCUGUAAAUAAUAAGUGUGGCACAUUUGUUAAUGUGGUGUGUGUUUUUCGUUGGUGAAAUCUGUCACAAAUGGGCGUAGGGAAAAAAAUCACAGUACCGAAAGGCUGGAGGGUUUGAGGCAGUAAUCCUGGCUGGCCUAUAAUGUACAAUACGAUGCGGAGCACACUUCAAACUGUUCCCGAAUCCGUACCCGCUGACCGCGUCACAAAUUCAAAAAGUUUGACCUAACGGGAUUUAUGAAGAAUAUUAAAUAAAAAAAAUUUAUUUAUUGAUUAAUGUGAAACGAAAAAAAAAAAAAAAGUGUAAGCUUGUAAAAAAAAAUAUUAAAUUAAACAAAAAACAUUAUGGCUGAUGACAAGGGUCACGUGAUUGAAUCACGUAUUAAUGAUGUUCAAUCAGGCAGAAAUUCAAUAAGUUCAAUGAGACGACACUUGAUGACUGUUUCAGCAAGAACAAAUAAUACACAAACAAAUGAUAAAAAUAAAAAAUUAUCAACAACAACACCACAUGAAAGUUUAAAACAAUGGGAAUUAGUUGAAAGUGAACGUGGACUAGUUGUUGUUGAAAAAAAAACACCAAUUAAAAGUACAAAAAAUUAUCCAGCACCAAUACCAACUAAAAAAAUGAAUGAAGAUUUUAUACGUAAAUUUCGUGCAUUUGAAAAUUCAAAUAUUGUUAAACCAUUAUUAACAACAACAACAUCAUCAUCAUCAUCAUCAUCAUCACCACCAUCAUCGCCAAUACAAUUAAAUAAAAAUAAUAAUAUACCAAUAAGUCUUAAUGCAAUAUUAAAAAAAUCAGAUGAUUUAAUUGUACAAGAUGAUAAUAAAAGUACAAAUGUACUUGAUCAAUUGGAAAGACAGGUGAAGGCUAUUGAAAUGAAUACAAUUAUUGGACAAAAUAAGUUACAAGACAGCUGUGAUUUACAACCUGAAAUACAGCUGCGUUACAGAGAACAUGAGGACCUGUUGAAUAACACAACUGACGACGAAGCUGAUGGGACGAUGCCAUUAAAACGUGGUGAUGCAACGAGAAAUUCAACUGGUAAUUCUGGUAAUAUGACAAAAAGACAACCAAUUAAACUUGUUAGAACAGCAUCAGAUACACGUCGUUGUCAAGAUGUGGAAAUGCCAUUACGUGUACAAUCAAGGGCACAACAGCAACAGCAGCAACAACAACAACAAUCAAGUGAUACAAGACGAGUUAUUUGUAGUAAAAAUAAUGAUGAUAGACGACGAGUACAACAAUCAUCACCACCAAUUCAACAACAUCAACAACGUAACAACAACAACAAUAGUGUCAUGAGGCCACUAACAGACAUCAUGCAGAAAACAAUAUCACCAAAUCAUCAGAAGACUGAUGGCGUUGGAGUGUCAAGCAGUGGUGGUGGUAGAUUAUCAUCAAGAAGUCGAGCCAAUGAAGAGCCACAUAUUGGCAAGUACAAAUUAUUAAAGACCAUUGGUAAAGGUAAUUUUGCCAAGGUCAAACUUGCCAAACAUGUACCAACUGGCAAAGAAGUGGCAAUCAAGAUCAUUGACAAGACCCAGCUGAAUCCUGGUAGUCUUCAAAAGCUCUUCCGUGAAGUAAGGAUAAUGAAAAUGUUGGAUCAUCCAAACAUAGUUAAACUUUUCCAAGUAAUCGAGACUGAAAAGACAUUGUACCUGGUGAUGGAGUAUGCAAGUGGUGGUGAAGUAUUCGAUUACUUGGUAUUACAUGGUAGAAUGAAAGAAAAAGAAGCACGUGCAAAAUUUAGGCAAAUUGUAUCAGCAGUACAAUAUUGUCAUCAAAAAAAAAUUAUACACAGAGAUUUAAAAGCUGAAAAUUUAUUAUUAGACAGUGAAAUGAAUAUUAAAAUUGCUGAUUUUGGAUUUAGCAAUGAAUUUACACCAGGCAAUAAAUUAGACACGUUUUGUGGCUCACCACCAUAUGCUGCACCCGAAUUAUUUCAAGGUAAAAAAUAUGAUGGACCAGAAGUUGAUGUUUGGUCACUUGGUGUUAUUUUGUAUACAUUAGUUUCUGGCUCAUUGCCAUUUGAUGGUUCAACAUUACGAGAAUUACGAGAACGUGUAUUACGAGGAAAAUAUAGAAUUCCAUUUUACAUGUCAACUGAUUGUGAAAAUUUAUUGAAAAAAUUUUUGGUGCUCAAUCCAACAAAACGGGCCUCAUUAGAGGUACGUGGUGAUAAGAAUAUUAUGAAAGAUAAAUGGAUGAAUAUGGGUUAUGAAGAGGACGAAUUAAAACCGUACUUAGAACCAGAACCAGAUUACAAAGAUCACAAAAGAAUAGGAGAAUCUGCCAAAGCCCUUGCAAUUCUUGGUUAUUCAAGAAGUGAAAUUGAGGAUUCAUUGGGCCAAGCAAAAUAUGAUGAUGUAUUUGCAACGUAUCUUCUUCUUGGAAGAAAAACAACUGAUCCGGAAAGUGAUGGUUCACGAUCGGGCAGUUCAUUGUCACUUCGUAAUAUUCCACCACAAGUUGGCUCAGGUGGCGGUGGAGGAGGUGGUGGUGUUGGCAGUGGUGGUUCAGGAGGUGGUACCGGUGCAACUGUACAAAGUCCAUCACACAGAGGUGUUCAUCGGAGUAUAUCUGCAAGCAAUGCUAAACCCAAUAGACGUGCUUCCUCUGGUGGUGAAACUCUUCGCGGGGCACCAAGUCCAGGUAAUGCAACGAAUCACAAUCAUGCAACAGCAGUUACUAGUGGUGGUGGUGGUGUUACAUCAACAGUUGGUAGUAAUUUCAAACGUCAAAAUACUGUUGAUGCAGCAACAAUUAAAGAAAAUAGUGCACGUGUAUCAUCAACACGACCAUCAGCAUCUAAAAAUAGUCCUGGACAACUCGAUACUAUGACAAUGUUUAUUCUAGGCGUUGGUACGAGUCCUGGUGGAAAAGGAAGAGUUGGAAAAAGCAAUGCAAUUAAUACAACAGUUGGUGGUGGUGUUAGACCAUUGACAUCACCAGCUCCAGCAUCUGUUGCAAGACGUAGUACAAUAUCAUACGACCAGACUAAAACAACAUCAUCAUCAACUGAACGAACAAAUGACGUACCCAGUUUGGGAGUUGCACCAAGUAACAGAUUAGCGACACCAAUAACCCCAGCAUUUCCUAGAAAUGUACCAAGUCGUAGUACGUUUCAUUCUGGUCAAAAUAGAGCACAGAGAAAUCAUACUCAGGGACAUACUCAUACCCAGGAUACGAGCGCAAUAAGUCCACUGGCAAGGCCAUCAUUUUUCUCAAAGCUAUCAUCGAGGUUUUCAAAACGGACUUGAACCAAGUAGAAUCGGCUCCGUCUCAAUGUGUCCAAUGAUGGCCAAUGUCAUAGUGUGACGCGAGUCCCCUUGAUUAAUCAACUACCACCUGACGUGUGCUCUUCACUCGUGAGAUAAAUCAACUUAGCCCCUCACCACGUCAAUAAAACAUUAAUAUUAUUAUUAUAAUUAUAAAUAAAUAUAUAUAAAUAUAUAUAUUAUGUGAUUCCAAGUUUAUUGCUGCAAGAAUUCAAACGUCAAAAUAAACAAAAAAUAUAAAAAAAUACAAGUUGAAAGCUCAAUGGAGAUUGUGAUGCAUAUAAAAACAAAAAAAAAAAGAGUUUAUAAAAAAAAAAUUUGACUCCGUUAUUCUGUGGUGCACCAAGUUUUAAUAAAUAGGCACGUUUCUUUUUGCUACAAUUUUUUUUUUCUUUUUUCUUUUUUCAUUUGUAUUAUCAUCAUCAAAUUGAAAAUAAUUAUGUAAUUUUGUUUUUUAUUUUUUUUUCAAUUUCAUAAAUCAUAUUAUAUCAUUAAAAAUUUUUAUGUAAUAUGUGCCCUGUGUAAAUAAAAAAGAAAAAAGAAAAAAAAAAUAUAUAUAUUUAAUGUCUUCCACGUCAAUAAGACGAUGGGUGUCGUUGAUAUCGAAAAGCAGAGGGUCGCCUUACGCACUUUAAUCGUAGCACAGAAAUUGUUGUGCCUUCCCCAUAUAUAAAAAAAUAUGUUUCGCUUUAAAACUGCACCUCGAGUCAUAUGCGUCCACAAACUAAAAAAAAAAAUUAAAAAAAAAAACCUAUAUUAUAAUAAUGAUUAAUAAUAAAAAUAAUAAUAAAAAAAUAUUAAUAAUGAUAAUUAUUUUUAUACAUAAACACGGGCAACACUACAUGAUGAGAUAUAAAAAAAUUUAUAUAUAUAUUUUUUUUUUUUGUUUUUUCUAUUCUCGAAAAUAAUAUUGCGCUUUGUUGGCUUGCAGUAUGAUUUUUUUAUUUUUCUUUUAUUUCUAAAUCUAUUUUCAUUAUAUUUCUUUAUGAACGACAUCGCCAGCGAAUUUUAUUCACUAAGUUUAAAUUAUAUAUAUAUAUACAAAAAAAUUAAAAAAAAUAAACAUACACACAUACACACAAUUUAGACAAAUUAAUAUAUACAAAUAAACAAUUAUUAUCAACGAUUUAUUUAUUAUAAUCGUACCCGUGCAUCAACAGGUUUUCUAAGUGAACGGAUGAUGUGUCUCGUCUUGUUUCUUCAUGAUUAAACGAGUUUGCGAGUUGUGAACAAACCUGGGUAUUUCACAAACACACAUUGGCAAACUUGCCAAAAAAAAAAAAAAUAAUUAAAUAUUAAACAUUUAAAAUUAGUUAAAAUAUUAAAAUUGAAUAUAAAGCUGCAUAUUCCAAGAACAACUAGAUUUAUAAAAAUUAAAAAAAAAAAAAAAGAACAUGUGGAAGCACAUAUACUUCAAAAAUAUGGAAAAAUUUAUUUUUUCAUAAAUCAAAGCAUAGGUGGAAAUAA